GACCGACCUUUGGCUUUCAGCAAGUAAUAAGCGGAAGUCGCUCGCUUUCCCUUUUCCGUUGGCUUUGGGGAUUCGCCGUUACAGCAUGGCCACUUCAAGCAGCUUUCGUCUUCUCCUUCGAGCCGCUCCGACUUCUUGCUGGCGGCUCCUGGCGGCUCCCUUCCGGACUGGCAAUAGCUGGAGUAAUGCCGCCCGCCUUGGGUCUUGCCGGAUCUUCCACGCGGCGGGGGGGCUCAGCUCGGAAGAAAAAGUUACAGUGCACUUUAUAAAUCGUGAUGGUGAUAAAUUAACAGCCAAAGGAAAGGUUGGAGAUUCUCUUCUAGAUGUUGUGAUAGAUAACAAUCUAGACAUAGAUGGAUUUGGUGCAUGUGAAGGAACACUUGCCUGUUCUACAUGUCACUUAAUCUUUGAAGACCACAUAUUUGAAAAAUUAGAUGCAAUUACAGAUGAAGAAAUGGAUAUGCUGGACCUUGCCUACGGCUUGACAGAAAGAUCACGUUUGGGCUGUCAAAUUUGCUUGAAGAAAUAUAUGAACAAUAUGAUUGUCCGAGUGCCUGAAGCCGUUGCUGAUGCCCGGCAGUGUGUAGAUAUGAGCAAGAACCCAUAAAAUAAUGCUUAAGGAUUGAUGCUUGUUCAUUGAUAUUAAAAAUAU